UCAGGGGUCUCCUAGCUAGAUGAAGGGGUGCUGUCGACAGCCUGCAGCUUUUAUUAAGAAAAAAAAAAUCCACCAAGGCUCUAAUUCAUUCCGGCUUUUGGAGAUCGUUCCGGAAGAUGGUGGCUAAACAGAGGAUCCGCAUGGCCAACGAGAAACACAGCAAGAACAUCACGCAGAGAGGAAACGUGGCCAAGACGCUGCGACCACAAGAAGAGAAGUACCCUGUUGGCCCCUGGCUGCUCGCCCUCUUUGUAUUUGUCGUGUGCGGCUCAGCCAUAUUUCAGAUCAUCCAGAGCAUCCGUAUGGGAAUGUGAUGCGAGAGGAGCCCCCCCCCUCAUGACCCCUCACCCCCACCUGGAGGCCCAGAGACUGACGCCAGAACUUCGGAUCCAGCAGAUUUUAGA